AUGUAUAAAAUAAAACCAAAAUUUUCGGAUAUCGGAUAUCCGAAUUAUCCGAAAAAUCUGAAAAGCAUUAUCCAAUUCCGAUUCCGAAAAAUUGGAUAUCCGAAAUUUCGGAUAUCCGAUUUUUCGGAUAAUUUGGAUUCGGAAUUUCGGAAUUUCGGAUCGGAAUUUCGGAUACGGAUAUUUUUGAACACCCCUAAUCAUCGUCAGUCCAUCGUCACUCCACACACUCAGGUUCCAUUGACGCACCUCUGUUCUCCACUCGAAGUCAAAGUCGAAGUCAAACAGCAUCUUCAGAGUUGCAUCAGUCGAAAGAAGAUUGUCUCUAGUGAAAAGUUCUCAUUGUGCCUUGAAGAUCUUAUUCCUAUAGCUCUUGGGAGGUACAUUAAGGCAUUAGUUAGGUCGAAAAUGACUCCUAAAACAUUAUCUGGUAGAGCAUUUGUAUCUGUUCGAACGCGAACAGGACAAGCUGUGCCGCCUACUAGCAACAUACUCAGUCAAAAUAGGGAAUCAGUAAUACAGGUAACUACCAGCUUUUGAAGAAGGAACACUAAGGCGUUUAUUAUCAACAUUUUAAAUCAUCAUAUUGUAAUAUUCUUUUCGAAACAUGCAUAACGCAACAAUGUACGUUUUUAUUAUAUAUAUAUGAUGGUUGUGUUACUUUCUUUACAA